AUGGAGAACCCCGUCGAAGAAAUAGAGGGUGUCGUGCUGUCCAUAACGUCUGCCACCAACCCGGAGACGCAGAAAGCAGCUAUUCUCAGGUACUUCACGCCGGACGCAACCUUUCGCCAUCCCCUCUGCACCAUCCCGUCGUCCUUCGCUGCACCACCCGCCGGCGCCGUCGGCUCCCCUACCCUCCCGCACACGCCGUCGCUUCUCCCGCUCUCCUCGCGCGACACGAUCCUGCGCAUCUACCAAUGGUACCGCGUCCUCUCCCCGCGCCUCACCGUGCGCGUCCGCAAGGUUGUGUACGAUCCCGCGCGCCACGAGAUGUGGCUCGACAUCGUCCAGACCUUCCACCUGUUCUUCAGCCCCCUCCGCCCCGCGCAGGCGCGCCUCGCGACACACAUCGCCCUGCGCGAGUCGCCGCACCCGUCGGGCGACCCCGGCAGGCACAUGUACCACAUCGCCGGGCAGGAGGACUGGUACCACCCGGAGGACCUGAUGGCGCUUCUCGUCCCGCCACUGGUGCCUAUCGUGCACUUCCUCCUGAUACUCGGAACGUGGGCGAGCGUCUUGGGCGCGUGGUUCGGGAGUGUGCUCGGACUCUGGGCGGCGCACGCGGGAGAAGGUGGGCAGGGCGUAGAGCUGCAACCAGCGGGUGAGCCGCUGCCUACUCCGGCGAAGGACGAGGGCAAGGUUCUAGGCGGAUAA